CAAAGCCUUAAAAUCACAAAAUUGUACAGGUCACUAUGGACAAAGACAAGAGAAGAUCACAUCGCCCCAUGGAUCCGCCGGGCCUGAUAUCAACAAUCUUUUUCUGUUGGCUAGUACCGAUAUUUCGCAGAGAAUACAAAACACGUGAAGCAGAAUGGAAUUUACCUAAAAUACCGAAAUCGUAUGUAUCCAGCCUUCUGGGAGAAAAGCUAGAGAAAGUGUGGAAGGAACAAUGUCGAGCUACCAAUCCAUCAUUGCUCAAGGCUAUUUGGAGAGUGUUUUGGUGGCAGAUACUGAUUUGUGGAUUGAUGACAUUUCUCUUAGAAUUUGUUUUCAAGCUCAUCAUUCCUAUUUGUUUGUUGAAACUAAUCGAAUAUUACGAACCAGGUCAAAGGAGUAUUACUGAAUCUAAUGCCAUUCAAUACACCGCUGCUAUUAUAGUAGCUAUAUUUAUGAAUGUAGUUCUGAGUCACCAUUACAUGCUGGGAAAUUUACAACUUGGUAUGAAGAUUAGAAUAGCAUGUAGUUCGUUGAUAUACCGAAAAGCUUUGAAAUUGAGUAGAGGUGAUACUGAAGCUGAAAAGUUGGUGAAGUUCUUCUCAACUGAUAUGAGCAGACUUGAUUUGGCUGUAACUUUCAUCCAUGUGGUUUGGGCGGCUCCCUUACAGAUAGUAGCUAUAUCUAUUCUCACAUAUUGGAUGUUGGGAGAAUAUACACUCUUGGGUACAACAUUGUUUGCAUGUUUCAUGGCUUUACAAAUUUGUCUCGGGAGGUACUUCUCCACAUUUAAGGCAAAAGCUGAUGUAAAAACGGAAGAAAGGAUGGAAGUCAUGAAUGAAAUCAUAUCCGGCAUUGAAGUGAUCAAAAUGUAUGCAUGGGAGAAAUCGUUUUACGAAAAAAUCGAAGAAAUCAGAAGAGCUGAGUUGAAGCAAAUUCGACGAACAUCUUGGAUUCGAGCGAUGUUUGCCUCCUUCAAAUUGUUCCUAAGUCAAAGUGCGUUGUUCCUCUCUGUGUUGGGAUUCAUUUUAUCAGGCAACGUUCUUACGGCCAUAUACGUAUUCACUAUAACAUCCUUCUUCAAUGUACUGCGGCAGACGAUGGUAGCAUCUGUGCCGACUGCCGUUACAACGAUGACAGACGCCUGGAUCUCUAUCAAACGGAUCACUGCAUUCCUCACCGGAAAAGAGAUAUCACCAAACAGAAUAAGACCAAUGUCGAUGUUACCUGGUAGUACAAGACAAUCGGGUGAGCAAUUACCUGCCAUAGCCUUCUUAGGUGUCUCAGCAAAAUGGAGUCAAGAUGGAGAGCGAAACGUAUUAAAUAAAUUCGAUCUUGAAGUACAGAGGAAAGAAACGGUGGCGAUCACAGGAGCAGUUGGGUGUGGAAAAACAAGCCUUUUGCAAGUGAUAUUAAACGAAGUACCCGUAAUCAAUGGUGCAGUAUACGUUGACGGAACCAUAUCGUCUACAGCUCAGGAACCAUGGAUAUUUCCAGGGACUGUAAGGGAGAACAUUAUUUUCAGAGAGGCAUUUGAUCCAACGAGAUACACAGACGUUUGUAGGGUGUGUAGCUUAGACGCUGAUUUCCGACAACUGCCUCAAGGAGAUGCAACGAUUCUUGAGGGAAAAGGCAGUACGCUGAGUGGUGGCCAGAAAGCUAGGAUCAACUUGGCAAGAGCUGUUUAUAGAGAGGCUGAUAUUUAUUUAUUGGAUGAUCCUCUAUCGGCUGUAGACAAUGUUGUGGGGCAACACAUCUUUCGAGAAUGUAUCAUGGGGCUAUUGAAAGACAAGUGCAUUGUAUUGGUCACCCACAACCAGGAGUUUUUAAGAAAUGUUGACGAUAUACGAGUAUACGAAAUCCGGAAUGGAAAUGUGGAAAGAAAAGGGAGUUGUGAAGAAUUAACUGACUCAGAAGGUGCAAGUAAUCAUGCUCAUGAUAUUAUGGGCACUACCACUGUGACGGGCGAAGAAGACAACAUAAUUAAUGAAAGGACACCUCUAAUAAAUAGGCCUACCAGGAGAAAAGAUGAAAUCAUACGUCAGGGAACGAUAAAAGCAGCGACUUAUAGGGAAUAUCUCCGAGCUGGUGGAUGUUAUUUCCUUGGGAUGGCUCUCCUGUUCCUAGUAGCCCAUUCUGUGUGUGCGUUUAACGAUAAUUUCCUCAGGAAUUGGGUUAACAGAGUACAGACUAUAUACAAUUCCACUGAUGGAAACCAUACUACAGAAGGCGCUAUAUUUGGAGAUGUUUAUGAAUCUGCCCACAUCCUCUAUUUGUACAGUUUUUUAUUAUCGACUCUCAUAGUAUUUGCAUUGCUCAGAUCAGUAGCAUUCAUGUUCGUUUGUAUGUGUGCAUCAAAUAACCUACACAGCAAUCUUUAUACAGGUGUUGUAGCUACGAAGAUGCGGUUCUUCCACGAAACUUCACAAGGUACCAUACUAAAUCGAUUUUCAUCGGAUAUCAAAUCGGUGGACCAGGAUUUGCCCAUACAGUUCCUAGAUUUUCUAAAUGCAGUCUUCACAGUAUCUUUCAUCUCGCUCAUGGUAACCACAGUCAAUGAGUGGAUGAUAAUAUGUACAAUUUUGACUCUGGUGAUCUUCUAUUACAUAAAGCAAUGGUGCUUAAGAACUCUCAGGGAUAUUAAGAGGAUCGAGGACUCAAGAAGAAGUCCAGUGUAUGAUCAUUUGAAAGCAACUAUGAGCGGCAUAACAACGAUCAGAGCAUUUGGAGUGCAGAACGAACUAAAGGAUCAUUUCGAUGACCUUCAGGACAUGCAUACAGCACCUUCUUACAUUGGUAUGGCUGGAAUGAGGGCGUUUGGCUUCUGGUUAGAGAUAUUUGUAGUUCUUUACGUGGCGUUGGUGUUGCUUAGCUUCCGCCUGUUUUUGAACGAGGAGUACGGUGGAAACGUGGGGUUUGCAGUAACUCAAGCAAUCAGUCUCACUGGUAUCUUCCAAUAUGGCAUGCGACAGUGGGGUGCACUCGAAACCAGAAUGACUGCAGUUGAAAGAAUAUUAGAGUAUUCAAACUUGGAGCCUGAAGAGACAAUAAAAAAGACUAUGUCUGCCGAAUGGCCCAUUCAUGGAGAAAUCAGCUUUAACCAGGUCUCGGUAAAAUAUUUUGAAGAGGAAGAUCUCGUGCUGGAAGGUCUUAGUUUUGAUGUAGGGAAGAGAGAGAAAAUAGGAAUCGUAGGAAGGACAGGUGCUGGAAAAUCUACUAUAUUAGCAGCUCUGCUUCGUUUAGCGUAUAUUGAGCGUGGUAAAAUAACAAUAGAUGGAGUAGAUAUAUCUCACAUUCCUUUAUCAAUUCUUCGAUCUAACAUAUCGAUUCUACCUCAGGAGCCCAAACUGUUUGCAGGAACGAUAAGGACAAAUCUGGACCCAUUUGGAAUAUACCAAGAUAACGUCUUGUGGUCUGCACUUGAAAACGUAGAGCUGAAGACAUUUAUUGCCAAACGUCCAAACGGCUUACAGGCGAUGGUUGACGUAGGUGGUAUGAAUUUUAGUGCGGGUGAAAGACAGCUGAUCUGCUUUGCCAGAGCUAUUAUCAUGAGAAACAAGAUUUUGGUGUUGGAUGAAGCUACUGCCAAUGUAGACAGCGAUACUGACAAAAAAAUACAAAGCACUCUUGCGAGAUGUUUUGGAGACUGCACCGUUUUGACUAUUGCUCACCGAGUUGAAACGGUGAUCAACUCUGAUCGUAUUCUGGUGUUGGACAAAGGCCGUAGAGUGGAAUUUGACCAUCCGUAUCAGUUGUUGAGGAACAAAAGUGGCACAUUUUAUAAACUUGCCAGUGAAACAAAAACAUUCGAUAAUUUAUUGGAGAUCGCUAGACAGAAUUUUAACAGGAUCGACGGCAACAACCUAGAAUAAGGAUUGUAUGAAAAAUGUUUCUUCAAAUAUAUUUUUAUAGAAUUGUUUACAUGAUGUACAUACGUGUUUUUCAAUAAAAAAUG